AAUUGUUUACGGACAGUACUGAUCUCUAUAUAAUUUGUGUAGCAGGGGUUAAGGAUUAUGACGUCAAAAAAAUGAUUUGUCAAAAUGGUAAACAUCGGACAAUGACGAUUAAAGACCUUAAAAAAUAUUGACACCACCAACGCGAGGUCUAUAGAGCUUAACUCCUAGCAUGAUAGCUAGAACGUAAUCUAUAUAGUAAAAUCGCUCCACCGACAAUGUGUGAAAAUGUGAAUCACAAUCCGUUUGCGGGUCUUUUUACAUCCGUAAACGAAGCAGCUUCAUUUUCUACCCAAAACCAACCUUCGACAGUCCAUGCAGACGUAUCAAAAAAUACUGACGAACAUUCGGCAGCAGAGAGUAACAGCGUCAACGAUUCUAAACCAAUCAACACAGCAGCCGAAGCUGAUGCUUUCAUUAACGACAUAGUUGAGGAAGUUUUCGGCUUGACGCUGCAUUCGGAUGGAGCUAAAAUAAAAUCUGGACGACAGCUGGUCUUUCUUGAGGACUUAGCCGCUGCUUUGGCCCCUCAAGAUUGGAUGGAUGCUGAGUCGGUUGAGCACGCUAUUUUUGAACGACUUAUGCUCAGCAAUCCCGGAGGAAAAAUAGUUGACAAUAAAAAUGAAAAACAAACAAACUCUAUCGACGAUCAUGUUUCAGAGACUGAAAUUAUACCCUAUUUGUACGAAAGUUAUCGCAGAUUACUGCGCUAUAAACCAAGCCAUAGAUUGCACGAUACGAUAGAAAACAUCACACGAAUCGUCGUCAGGAAUGUUGGCACUGCUAUGCAGGAACCUGACUUAUUCCAGAGUCAAGAGGUGCACAAGCAAUUUAUAGCAUUGUUUAUGGACGGUGGAGUAGUUGGACAGGAGUUGACCUCCUUUGUAACAGACAUUGUCAACGAGUUAAACUCCGAGGAUAGGGAUGAAAGCCUCAGUGUGAUCAGCACAGCUUUCACGCCAAUCCUGAACAGCAUUCAUCAGGAGGUGGCACAGUCCAAUCUCUUAGUUUUUCGACAAUACUGGUUCGGACUUCUACAGACGUUUGCUUCUGUUGAAGGUCUCGCCUUGUUUCUCAUAUCGCACAGCACUCCUCGUGCUAUGCAAGGAAAAGCGUAUUCAGAUACGCUGUUGGGGGCACUGCUGUGUCUAAGCUGUUUGCCCAAAACUCUCGAAGCUCCGUUUGACUUCUUUGACAAACCUUUGCAACAGUCAGUUACUUCUAUGGAAGGAAAUAUCUGGACAGCGUUGGAUGCGCUCAGCGAAUCGCUACAUAAAGUUUUUCACACUUUACUAAAGUGUUCCACAGAUGUGCGCCACAAAACUUUAAAAUGGAUAGGCGAUUGCCUCCAUGCCAACGCUGGGAGAGGAAAGCUCUGGAAUUCGCAUAGCGAUGCUGGACUGACUAUGACGCUGACUGUAUCCGAUGGUUUCAUGUUAAAUCUCAGCUCAAUAUUGCUCAGGCUUUGCCAGCCCUUUUGUACAAAGUUGAACGAUAGCAAACUGCUGAAAAUCGAUCCAACUUACUGUUCAGUCGAGGCUCAAAAUGAAGAGGAAAGUAAGACACGUGGUCUUCACGCCAAAGGUUUAAGUGGAGAAACAUGUCUCAUUCCAAUACCCGAAGGUGAAACGCGACCAGCAGCUGAAACAUUCGGUUUUGUUACUGAAUGUUUUUACCUGACUCAUAGAGCAUUGGAUCUCGGAUACCGUGUUGUUUUGGAGAAACUCUUGAGAGCAAAUCAGGACUUGGCUCGUAUGCGGCGGAUAUACAGUGAUGCUCAGGGUGGUGGAAACUCUGAAGUACUAGAGGCCAUAACCACGCGAAUGGAAAUGGAAAUGACAAAAUACUUAUCGCUUAGAGCUAGUCUUUUGGCGCCUGAGAUGCUGAGUCUACUGGCAAAAUUCCACGCUGCGACGGCAGUCUGGCUAAUACAGGUCAAUCUGGAUAUUGAGUCUGAUUUUAUUAAGCAUAGUACUUAUGCACCAAGAGAAUUUAAAACCGUCGCGUUCCCGCUACCUGAGACUGUGCCAGAAACUCUAAGAUGCAUUCCCGAAUUUGUGGUCGAAAAUACCGUCGGAUUUCUCUGCUUUUUGCGACGUUUGAAUCCAAACACGUUCGAAGAACAAGGACCGAGCUUUUUGAACCCAAUCCUAACAGAGGUCGUCGCGCUGAUGGAGUCUCAACGGCGUUUAUAUAACCCUCACCUUCGAGCGAGACUCGCCGAAGGACUCGAAGCGCUCUUACCUUUAAACGAGGAACCCUCAAAUCAAGCGGUAGCUACGCUGGGAGUUUUUCACAGAGAGCAAUUAUUUGUUACUCAUCCCCACAGACAUCAGAUAGUUACAAAUUUGCUCCAAGUAUUUGUGGGAAUCGAGAUGACAGGUCAGAGCGUUCAAUUUGAACAGAAAUUUAACUAUCGACGACCAAUGUACAUAGUUAUGGAUUAUUUAUGGAAAAUACAGGAACACAGGAAUAAUUUCAAGCAACUGGCUAAAGAGGCUGAACAAAACAUGGAAGCAGUGCAGCCACCACUGUUUCUCAGAUUCAUGAAUUUACUUAUGAACGACGCGGUAUUUCUCCUCGAUGAAGCACUCUCGAAUAUGGCACAACUCAAGCAACUAUUCCAGGCAAGAGAAAAUGGCGAGUGGGAUAAACUUCCGCCGCACGAAAGAGAGCAACAGAUGGGAUAUCUGACGCAUAUCGGUAUGAUAGCCAGAUUUGACAAUAUUCUCGGCAGAGAAACCAUACACACUUUGGAAAUGCUCACUUCUGAGAUUAUAUCCAUAUUCUGUCAUCCCACUAUGGUCGAUCGCAUCGCUUCGAUGCUCAAUUAUCUACUGCUGCAAUUAGUCGGACCUAAUCAGAAAAAUCUUAAGGUCAAGGAUCAGAAAGAAUACGACUUCAAACCGGCAAAUCUGGUCUUAAAUAUCUGCAAGAUAUACAUAAACCUGAGUCACAACGAAGCUUUUACACUGGCCGUUUCUCAAGACGGACGUUCCUACAGUCCGGAAUUAUUCAAACUCGCGGAAAAUGUUCUAGUACGCAUCGGAGGUGGCGGGAUACUUGGGGAUCUUGACCAGUUUGCAAAACGGGUCGAGGAAGCUGCUAAUCAGAAAAAACAAGAGGAAGAAAUACUUUCUGGUGCCCCUGACGAGUUUUUAGACCCGAUUAUGUCCACGCUAAUGACAGAUCCAGUCAUUUUACCGUCUUCAAAGAUUGUAGUGGAUCGCCAAACUAUUGCAAGACACUUGUUAAGUGACCAGACGGAUCCCUUCAAUCGAUCGAUGUUGACGAUGGAUAUGGUGAAAUCGGAUACGGAAUUGAAAGACAAAAUAGAGGAAUGGAUUGCUCAGAAAAGGAAAGAAAAUAUUCUGGGAAGUAGUAGUGAAAAAUAAUAUCACUAUUUCGUGGUGCUGCUUGGUUAAACCAAUAAAAAAAAUGUACAAGUAUGAAUUUACUGGAUUAUAGGUAUCCAGAAAGAGUUUACUGCUUUUGAUGAUGUGUAACAAUUCGACGAAACGUAUGAAUAGAAAAAUUUUAUCACAAAUCUGAGAGUCUGCAAUUUUGCCACGUCGCAUCAAUAAUGAGCAAGAUUUUAUUACCCGAACCCAAAUAACAGUGUAAUCCAUAUUUAGAAUUCUCCAACUUGAUACUACUUUAUAAUUUGUGUUCAAUAAUCAGCUUGCAGUAUCUUUUACGAGUGAAAUCAAUCAACCACCGAUGCAAUCUUAUGCAAGUAGAUUUUUAUACCGUGUAUAUGUGAUACAAUUGAUUAGCAACUUUGCUUUUAUCAAUUUGCUAAAUAACUUCACUAUCGGGAUUGAAUCAUUGCAGACUGCGUAUUGACAAUUACCAAUAAUUACAAUAUUAUCAAGAACUUUUAUCAACACUAUGCUAAUUUUGUUUCAUUUUAUCGCGGAUAAUAGCUUUGUCCCAUCUGUAGAUGGGACGAUUAUCAAAAUUUUGAAACAUUCCAUACUAAAAAGAGCAAGUUCCUUUGUGUGUUAUGAAAAAUUGCUCGAAUCUGCUGCAUUGUAAUCAAAUGUUGAUUCCUAACAAUACGAUUUGUUUGAAUUUCGGAAAUAUAGCGUGCACAAUUUAAUAAUUACUUCGAACCCAGUAGAAAUAUGAAGUUCAACUUAGUAAAAAAAAUUAUGGAUACAUCAUAACGUGGUUGUCGCUAUUGUAAAUAGUUGACAUAUUUAAUUUCUGCUGUCAUGAGUUUAAAUUGAAUAGAAUAUUUGAACAAAAUGACUUUUCACUGAUUAUAAUGUUCAAAGACUUCUUCAAAUUUCGGAAAAAAAUUUAUGAUUUUUAGUUCAGCAGUCAAUCGAAGUUUAUGAAUGGAAAAAAAAUAGUUUAUUGUAAUAUAAUUUUUGUAUUAAUAAUUAUGGAAUUAUAGCAUUCUACUUUUUUUCCCCGAAAUAAUCAUGUGUAUAAAAAUAGCAUUUCACAAAACUUUAAAGCACGAUAGGUUCAAUUUCUUUCUGGAUAUUGGAAAAUUUAUCACUGCCUCUAAUCAAGGCUAAAUGUCAAUAAAAUGUUAUGGAAUAAACUGUUGAUGUAUUAUAAUUAACGUAUUGAUUAUUUAGCAUAUACCUCUCUCCGUAAAUGCCCAAAAUUUCCGCAACCAGUUACCGUUUCUCGCGUCGAUGGUAAAAAGUUACUUAUAAACACAUGAAUAAAUGAAUAGAGAAUGAAUACAAGACGCUAAUCGCCAUUCCUCACAUAUCGAUGAUGCAGCGGGCUAAUUAAAUAUCAUAAUCAACAAUAUAAAGAUCUAUUUAUGCAUAAUUACCACAUGUCUCGAACAUGGGUUUCGGUGAUUUGUUUUGUUUUAAAUAGAUCAUACAUUAUCUCGAUAUCUCUGCCUGCAUGAGAGAGCAAAAUACAAUAAAUAUCCUGAUAAAAAAAAAAA